GUGUAUCAUGGCCGAGUGGAAGUGCAACGGGAUUGACAACUGUGGUGAUUCCUCGGAUGAAGAUGUCUGUGCUCCCUGCCCUCCUGGCAUGAUGCGGUGCGACGAGGGGAAGUGUAUCCUGGAGUCCCUGAUGUGCAAUGAUGAGGAUGACUGUGUGGACGGCACUGACGAGCCCAGCACAUGCGGUCGGAGCUGCUUCGUACGCAACGGGGGCUGUGCAGAGACAUGCACUGACACGCACUGGGGAGUGCAGUGCUCCUGUGGGGCCGGCUGGGUGCUGCAGGCCGAUGGGCAGAACUGUGCUGAUGUGGAUGAGUGUUCCCUGGAGUACAGCCCCUGCAGCCAGCUGUGCAGCAACACCCUGGGCGCUUUCAGCUGCGCCUGCCUCCAGGGCUACACCCUGUGGCAUGGCACCACCUGCGAAGUGGCAGACAAUGCGACACAGAUCCUGGUGGCCGUGGGGCAGGACCUGGCCCUUCUGGAUGUGCGGACCCAAGCCUACCGGCCCCUGCUCUCCACCGAUACCAAACCCCGUGCCCUGGUGUAUGACCUGCUCCGAGAAACCUACUACUGGCUGACAGAGGAGGGCGAGCUCCGGGCUCAUCUCCCAGGGAAGGGCACGCAGCCCCUCUAUGCAGAUGCCGGGGAGGUGAACAGCAUCUCUGUGGACUGGUUCACAGGCCAGCUGUACUGGGCCAGUAGCCACCCUGCAGCCAUCUGCGCGGGGCUGGGCGAUGGCAGGGGCUACGUGACAGUGCUGGGGAAGGACGUGGCACCAGAGCAGCUGACAGUGCAUCCGGCUGCAAGGUCCCUGUACUGGGUCAAUCGAGGGCAGAGGGGCCGAACAGUCAUUGCUGCAGCUGGUAUGGAUGGUUCAAACUGGCGGGAGCUUACAGUGGUGUCCAUGGAGGAGCCUGUGGGGCUGAGCCUGGACCAUGUGGCUGGCAGGCUGUACUGGAUCAGCGAGUACAAGGAGUCCAUUGAGACGCUGCAGGUGGAUGGCAGUGGGCGCCACUCCUUUCCCACUGUCCUGCGGAGCCACACGGAGCCACUGGGCCUGGCUGUGUUUGAGAGCCGGUUCUUCUGGACUGAUGGCACAGAGCUGGUGUCGGCCACCCGGGUGUCUCCCCAGGAGCAUGCAGUGUUGCUCCGUGCCCCUGUCUCGGCUUUCACUGUCCUGCAUGCACUGCAGCAGCCUCCCCGAGACACUGCUGCGUGUGCUCCGGGCCUGUGCAGUCACCUUUGCCUUCUGUCCCCUGUGCACCCUCGGGGCUACAAGUGUGCAUGUCCGGAGGGCCUUUUCCUCCUGCCCUCAGGGAAGUGCACAGAGCUGUCCAUCGUGUAUGCAUCGGGGAAGGCCAUCUCCCUGGUGCAGGUGGGCCCUGGAGCACACAGCAAACGGGUGCAGGAGUGGCAGGAGCCUCUCCAUCUGCAAGACGUGGACUGGCAGAGGUCGGUGCUCUACGGGACAGAUGACCAUGGGACGCUGCUGCGUGUUGUGGGGCACCCUGUCUGCUCUGUCCGUGUGGACAUCCGCUCGGGGGACCUGUACUGGCUCGCGUGUAACCGGAGGGACAUCGGAGUGAUCCAGGCAUCUGACAUGUCCCCACGCAUCCUGCACCAUGCUCGCAGCAGCAUCCAGCACCUCUUCUUGGACUGGCAGCGGGGUGCUCUGUACUGGUUAGCCCGUGGGCAGCCCCUGCAGCAGCUGAGCCUGGCUGGGGGUGCUCCGUGGGAUGCCUGGAAUGAGACCUGGCCUGGAGACCUGCCUGCAGCCAUGGAUAGCAGAGGCUUCAGCCUGCUCUGGAGCUCAGUCCUGGGCCUACGGGCACUGAGUCUGACGAAGCAGCAAGCAGUCACGCUGGCACCCAGCUGGUCCCACGGCCUUGUGGCUGCCUUUGAACCAUACCUGGUGUCAGCAAACGGGACGGCUCUGCUGCUGUGGGACCGGAGGACACUGGCCCUUGUGCUGUCCAUGCCGGCAGCAAGCGUGCAGGGAGUGGUGGCCUUCGUAGGCUCGGAGCUGCAGGCUGACAACCACAAGUACCACUGCUGCUCAGCCCACUACCUCCACCACAAGACCUACACCAAGCAAGACCACCGCUGUGCCCACCACUACUCGUGCACCAACCGGCAAGGCUACCACAUCACCAACCACCACCAGCCAGUCCACAUCAACCAAGACCACCCCAGCACCAACCACUGCCCGGACCGCGCCAACCAAGACCACCACUGUGCAACCAGCUGCCACCACCACCACUCGGUCCUUGACAACCAAGACCACUACUCCAUGGCCAACUACUAUCACCCAGUGUCCAACCAGUCCUGCACGGUCCUCCAUCUCUCCUGUCCUCGCACGCAUGUGCCCUGCCGUGAUGGCACCGAGUGCGUGGACCAGGAGUACAUGUGUGAUGGGGAGAAGGACUGUGCAGAUGGGUCUGAUGAGGACGGGUGUGCCCAGCUCUGUGACACCCCAGGGGCCUUCCACUGUGUGAGCGGAGCCAUAUGCAUCGGGGCUGCGGAGCACUGCGAUGGGGUGCCACAGUGCCCUGAUGCCUCGGAUGAGACAGGCUGCUGGAGCCCCACGCAGGAGUGCACCCUGCGCUGUGACGCUGCUACCCGCUGCAUCCCUGAGAGCUGGCUGUGUGAUGGCCACGCCGACUGCCUGGACCACACCGAUGAGCAGGGCUGUGUGCCGAAGGAGUGCGGUCCUGCUGAGUUCCCCUGCCAGAGUGGGCAAUGCGUGGCCCUGGCCCUGCGCUGUGAUGGCGACCACGACUGCCGGGAUGGCUCGGAUGAGGAGGGCUGCGCUGUGCCCCGGCCGCUGCUCUGCCGUACGGGUGAGGUGGCGUGUCCCCGCAGCAGGGAGUGUGUGCCGGAGGCCUGGCGCUGUGAUGGUGCCACCGACUGUGGGGAUGGCACAGACGAGCAGCGGUGCUGGUGUGACCCAGGCUAUCGGCUGGCCGAGGACAGUCUGUCCUGCGUGGACAUAGACGAGUGCAUGGAGUGGGGUGAGAGAGCCUGCAGCCAGACGUGCCUCAAUGCCCCAGGGUCCUACAGCUGUGGCUGUCUCCCUGGCUACCUGCUGGAGCCUGACGGACGUGUCUGCAAACUCACUGGACCAGAGCCCAUGUUGCUCGUGGCCGUGCAGUCAGAGGUGUUGUCCUAUGGCCUGCGGAGUGGGCGUGAGGAGGUGCUACUGGCUACUGACAAGGAUCGCAUUGUCUUCUCACUCGACUAUGACCUGGUGGAGAGGAAAGUCUUCUGGAUGGACUUGGCCACAGAAAGCAUCCGCUGGCAGGACCUCGACUCGGGCAAGAAAGGCACACUGGUGAAAGGUGUGAGAUCAGACUGUGUAGCAGUGGACUGGCUUGGGAGGAACUUGUACUGGACAGAUGGGGCAGCAGGGCAGGUGCUGGCCACUCGCCUGGGGGCUGCCUGGCGAGGGAUACCAGAGUACACUGUGGUGAUGGAUGGAGACCUGGACCAGCCCCACUCCCUGGUGCUCCAGCCUCUGGCAGGGCUGUUGUACUGGUCAGAGGUGGGGAGCCACCCACGGCUGAUGGAGGCCACCAUGGAUGGGAGUCGGCGGCAUGUGCUGCUGGCCCAGGGGCUGGGUUGGCCCACAGCACUGGCCCUCGACCUCCCCACCUGGAGAAUCUUCUGGCUGGAUGAGAAGCUGGGUAGCAUUGGUUCUGCACAUCUGGAUGGCACCAGUGUGAAGGUCCUGCAGCUGGGCUGGGUCCGGAGCCCCUUCGCAGCGGCGGUGUGCGAGGGGCAGCUCUACUGGUCGGAGAGGAAGGCAUGGUCCGUGCAGCAAGUGGACAAGGCCAGUGGCAAGAACAGAACCGUGCUGCUCAAGCGACACGGGCAGCCCCAUGGCCUCCAGGUGAUGCACCCAGCCCUGCGCCCGGUAGCCCCUAACCCGUGUGUGUCACGCGGCUGCUCCCACCUGUGCCUGCUGAGUGCCAGGCAUGCCGGGCAGUGCCGGUGCCCUGCCAGGCUGAUCCUGGCCGCUGAUGAGACCACCUGCCUGCCCCUCCGCGAUUCGGCCUUUGCCCUCCUGGUGUCACCGGCAGCCGUGGCACAGGUCUACCUGAAGGACCUGCCUGCAAUGGCUGGAUCCCAAGGCCUUCCCCCACACCAAGCCCUGCCCUUGGCCAAGGUGGGCCGCCUGACAGCCAUCGACUACACAGUGAAAGACAAGAGCCUGUACUUUGCGGAGGUGGGGGGUGACUCCAUUGGGCUGCUGCGCCUGAAGGACUGGGGCCGGCUGUCCUGGAAGCAGGCGGUGGCUGUGGAGGGCACGGUGACGUCCUUGGCCCUGGACUGGCUGAGUGGGAACCUGUAUUGGAUCGGGGGGCAGCCGCCCAGCAUCCGUGUGGCAGCUCCGGGGGGGCAGUGGACCCUGGUGCUGCUCAGCCAGGGGCUGCAGGGCGCUGCCUGGCUGGCGCUGUGUCCUCAUGCUUCCACCAUGUGCUUUGUCACGGCAGCAGGCAGCCACCGGCCCAGCGCCGCAGUGGAGUGCGCGGCUAUGGAUGGCACUGGCCGCAGAGUGGUCUGGAGGAGAGCCCGGGCUCCCACUGGCCUCGCCUUUGGGGGUGCCGGCACCCGGCUGUACUGGGCAGACCGUGAGAGAGGUGCCAUCAGCAGCAUUGAGCUGGACGGAUCCCACUUCCGGGUGGUGCGGGAAGGGCUGCAUGGCCUCUCGCUCUUUGCCAUCGGAGAAGGCUUUCUGCUCUGGAGCACGACCUCAACCAAUGGCUCCAGCAAGAUCUGGCACAGCCGGCUGGAGCGGGCUGAGAGCUGGUGGUUCCCAAUGGAACAGGAGUUGGUAGCCAUAAGGAUUUACAGCCAGUUCUCACAGGAAGGCACCAACAGCUGUGCAAAGAGCAAUGGGGGCUGUGCCCAGCUCUGCCUGCCCAACCCUGCAGGGCGGCUGUGCCGCUGCUCCCCUGGCUACCACCUGGUGCGUGGGGUGGCAUGCAUGCCUGCAUUGCCCUGCCCGGCCCCACUCCAGGCCUGCCCUGACCUCCAGAGCUGCAUCUCCGAAGAGCAGGUCUGCAAUGGGCACCCUGACUGCGUUGACAGCUCCGAUGAGUCUGGCUGCCCCUCUGUGGAGGUGGGGACACAGGUCCCCACAGUGGCACCACCCAGAAUGUCCCAUGUGGAAGAACAGAAACCAGCCUUACCUACAGCUGCACCCAAGCCUCAGCAGCCCGGCACCAGCCUGCCCGCAGGCCCUGGCCCCCAGGAGCAUGGAGAGCCCUUCGUCGUACACCCCAGCACUGAGGAGGUGCUGGGGGCUGUGCCAUGCAGCAGUGAGACAUGUAACCUGCGCGGGGACUGCGCUAUCGAGGCUGGGCGAGUGACAUGCCACUGCGCCCUGGGCUAUCGUGGCAACUACUGUGAGGAGGCAGAGGUGAAGCCUGUUGCAGGACCUAUUGCCCUGGGGGUGGCUGUUCUCCUGCUGCUCACUGUUGCUGCUGUGGGGGCCCUGGCCUACAUGCGGAGGCGGGACAGGCGGAGGAGGACCUCAAGCACUGCCUCCACCCGAGUGCUGACCUUGUACCACCGUGAAAGCGAUCCUGAGGAAGAGGAUGGUGAGGAGGAAGAGCUUCCACCCAAGAGCGAUACCUUUGUGAAUGAAGCUUACGAUGGGAAAGAGGAGCUGCCAGCCCCGCUGAGGAAGGGACCAUCUUGCCCUGACACUGUAUUUUCAUAA